UUAUAUAUAAGCACUUCAACAUGCAUAUAAUCUUAUUAGCUAAGAUUGAUAAAGUAGAAUAAUGAAGAAGCAAAUAGUAUGUCUCUUGUUCCUGUCUUUGUUCAUUGCUUCAUCUUAUGCUCAACUUAAACAGAAUUUCUACCAAUCCACUUGCCCAAAUGUCGAAUCAAUAGUCCGUUCAGCCGUUGCCAAGAAAUUCCAGCAAACCUUCGUCACUGCUCCAGGCACUCUUCGUCUUUUCUUCCACGACUGUUUUGUUCGGGGAUGUGAUGCUUCGGUGUUAUUGUCGAAUGCAAAUGCAGAAAAAGACCAUCACGACGACAUGUCACUAGCUGGAGACGGCUUUGACACGGUCAUCAAAGCCAAGGAGGCCGUCGAUAGCAAUCCAAGUUGCCGGAAUAAAGUUUCUUGUGCUGAUAUAUUGGCUCUUGCCACUAGAGAUGUUGUAGCCUUGACAGGUGGGCCAUCUUACAAAGUGGAAUUAGGAAGGAGAGAUGGAAGAAUAUCUACCAAGGCAAGUGUCCAACACAAACUUCCACAUCCCGAGUUUAACCUGGACCAACUUAACACCAUGUUCGCCUCGCAUGGUCUAUCUCAAACUGAUAUGAUUGCACUUUCUGGUGCACAUACACUUGGAUUCUCACAUUGUGGCCAAUUCAAGAAACGUAUCUAUUCAAAGGCUGGGAUAGACCAAACCUUAAAUCGACAAUACGCUCUUGAGCUAAGACAAAUGUGCCCGCUUAAUGUAGAUCCUCGGAUCGCUAUAAACAUGGACCCAACCUCCCCGAACAUUUUUGAUAAUGCGUAUUAUAAGAACCUUCAACAAGGAAAGGGUUUGUUUACCUCUGACCAAGUAUUGUUCACGGAUAAACGAUCAAGGGCCACAGUCAACCUAUUCGCCUCAAACAACAAUGCCUUUUAUCAAGCUUUUGUGACCGCCAUGACCAAGCUUGGUCGUGUUGGGGUUUUGACGGGUAACCAAGGAGAAAUCAGACGCGAUUGUAGUAGAGUUAACUAGAAAAAUGAUAUGGAUUUUUAUAAUUAUUUAAAUUCUUGAUGUAAAUUUUGUAAGCUCAUCAUGAAUAAGUAGCCACAUGCAACUUGGUCAAAUGCAAAUAGCUUUGAGAGAUCAA